AUGGCCGCCACGCUCGCCGCCGCGCAGGACGCGCUGUUCGCGUCCGACCAGUGCCUGACGCCCGCGCCGGUGCUCGCGGCCGUGGACAGCCUGGCCGACAUCGCCGCGGUGACGCCGCCGGAGAUCCGCCUCUUCCUGGCGCUGCUGCUGUCGUACCCGGUCGCGCUCACGUGGCGCGCGCUGCCGCCCGGCCCGUCGGGGCUCUUCCGCCACGUCUUUUCGGUCGUCGUCGGCACGUGGAUGCUGCAGUUCGUCAACGGAUACCAGGCCCUCUUCAACGUCGCGUCGUGCCUGCUGUGCUACGCCCUCAUGUGGGCCCUCGGCCCGCGCAGUGCCCGCCUUGUGUCCUUCGUUGCCAUGGCCAUCCUCGCCGCCGGCCACUUGUACCGACAGAUCACCGACUACCUCGGAUGGACCUUGGAUUGGACCCUCGUCGCUAUGGUCACCACGCAGAAGCUCAUGGGACUGGCGUAUAACGUCCAGGACGGCGCGGACCCGGACGCUACCAAGGAGCAGAAGGCGAGGUCCGUGGAGAAGCUCCCGUCGCUGCUCGAGUUUCUCAGCUUUAUUUUGUUUCCGGCCAAUGUCACCAUUGGUCCGGCCUUUGACCACCACCAUGCUGACCGAUCCCAAAUAUAUGGCGUCGGGCUCCUUGUUGACACGGUACGCAGCCGUGUGGGUCGCAUUGCUCGCUGUCAGGUUCAAGUACUACUUUGGGUGGAAGAUUGCCGAGGGCUCGGCGUGCAUGUCCGGCCUGGGGUACAACGGCGUGGACAAGCUCACGGGCGCUGCACGGUGGGACCGCGUCGAGAAUGUCAACGUGUGGAAGUACGAGACGUCACAGUCGUUGCGCACGUCGUCGCAGAACUGGAACAAGACCACCAACCUGUGGCUGCGACGCUACGUGUACGACCGCGCCCCGCCGUCGGUCAACCUGUACUUCACCUACCUCGUGUCUGCCUUCUGGCACGGCUUCUACCCGGGCUACUACCUCUUCUUCCUCUCCGUGGCGGCGGCCACGGUGGUGCACCGCCAGGUGCGUCGCACGAUCCGGCCGCGCUUCAUGCGUGCGGAUGGCAAGACGGCCGGGCCGCUCAAGCCCGUGUACGACGUGGCGUCCGCCGUGGCGACGAGCCUCACCGUCAACUACUUUAUCAUGUCGUUCGUGAUGCUCGCGCUGGACUUGUCCAUCGGGGCGUUCCGCCAGUUUGGGUUCUACGGGCACUGGGUCCUCCUGGCCACGCUGGUGAUCUUCAACUCCGGCCUCAUCAGACCGCCGGCCCGAAAGCUCGCUUCGAAGGAGCGCUAGUUGGAGAGUGCUUUUUUUUGUUUGUUGUUCACUUGUACUUUUUGUUUCACGCCCGUCAGCCCUGUCAUCGUAAACAAUCGAUAUACUUUUUCUUCCGUUCUUGA